AUUAGUCUCAAUGCCUUUGUUUGCUCUUAGUCAUUAAACAAAGAGCCACCACUCUCCCCUCUCUCAAUCAGUUGACACUUGACACCGCAAUGGCUCAGCCGAGCUUCCCGCCGACCGGAUCGAGCUACCCUCCGUUGUCUAACCCUGUCUCCGUUAUCGGUCUUCAGUUUUGUUCCCCAUUCCUAGUAGAUCUGACCAUUGUCCGAAAGGUUAUGACCAUCACCGACGGCAAUUUUAUCGUUACGGACAUUAACGGGAACAUCAUCUUCAAAGUCAAGGGGGGGCUGUUAAGCCUUCGUGAUCGGCGAGUUCUGGUCGACGCCGCCGGAAAUCCUAUCGUCUCCUUGCAACAGAAGAUAUUAACUGCACAUAAGAGAUGGCAAGUCUUCCGCGGAGAGAGCUCGGACACCGAAGAUCUACUCUUCAGUGCUAAGAAGUCUUCAAUGCUCCAAUUUAAGACCGAGUUAGAUGUCUUUUUAGCAACCAACACGAAAGAGGAUGUAUGUGAUUUCAAAAUCAAGGGGAGUUGGUUGGAGAGAUCAUGCGACAUUUACACCGGAGAUUCCUCCACUUCAACAGUCAUUGCUCAGAUGCACAAGAAACACAGCAUUCAGAGUAUGAUACUUGGAAAGGACUCAUUCAUGGUGACUGUGUAUCCCAAUAUCGACCACGCUUUUAUCAUCGCACUGAUCGUGAUUCUCGAUGAGAUCAACCAGGAUAAAGAUGAUUAAUACUAGAAAUUGAAUUUCCUCUUCCGUCGUAACCUAGUAAUAAGUGUAAAUUUCUUUGUUAUAAUAUGUUUUGUGCAAGAUACUUCAUAAAACUUUUAUGGUAUCGGUUAUGUUAUUUGGUUGGAUGUAA